AUGACAGGGUCACGUCCGGCAGCCGCUUACAGAGUCAAUAACCUUGACACCUUUUCCAGGGGCCGUCAGAGUUUCACCCGUUCAAGUGUGUCUCUAGGCACAGCGUCCGUCGAGGACCAUUCGGCCCCUGCCCCUGGAAUCCCCAGGUUUCGCGAGGAUAGCCCUGAGAGACCAAGCACAGCCCCGACAAGUCAGGCCUCGAGAUCGGAACUCGCAAACAGCGUCUCGCAACCGAAGAGCAAAGGGCCAAGGGGGCCGCCUCCGCUCUCGUUCCGAAUGGUCCGGCUCGGCGUUGCAGGUCCACGGUCACGGCCGGAGUCACGCAGCUCUAUCACCACGGCUACCAGUGCUUAUCGCGGCACGAGUACUAUCUCUCGCACCGCUUCCACUAGAAACGUCAACGGCCCGGGAUACAAGGAUAUCCUCGAUGCCCAGUCCGAGAUUAGGCCGGCCGACUUCCGGGCAAGAGUCCGGGCCUCUGGCGCCAGAGACUAUGGCGAAGAUGUCGCGGACCGGAACAUAGCACAGAACGGUCUUGAUCUUCAUCUACCCAGUCAGCCCUCACCGCGCUAUCACAAGUCCUCGAUGACUUUGUCGGCAGAUGCAAAGCCUGUCAGAGAAAGUCUGGCCCGCCGACGGUCUGUCAACACGUAUAUGCCUUUGGGGUCUCCGAAAGUCAUGAGCCGUUCAAGCCCCGAUGUCGUCCAGCCGCUCGCUCCCACACCCGAACUUGUCAAGAAGGAGUCAAGCCCACCUACCGCCGGAGGGCGAGCUGCCCGUGCCACACGGGCUGCCCGUGAUUCUAUCAUGCUCGCCAAGAGGAAAGCCGUCGCGACAAUGUCAGAUAAUGCCAAGCGCGAUGUGCCGUCUUCAACGGGCUCCAUCCUACCGUCUUCAUCCGCCCGCUUGUCCGCCCUCGGAUUGGAGACCUCGCCGCCUCGGGCACGUCACAGCCUCCACGCGCUACAAAUGUCCGUUUCUUCCAUGCCCAGCCCGAAACUAGAAGAGAUUGCGGAGAAUUCCCCGUCCUUCAGAACCCGCAGCGUGCGCGGGUGGUCGGCUUCGUCCAGCGCGCCCACCACCGCCGACAGCACGGCGCCCUCCUCCCAGCAGCCCCCGUCCCUACACACGGCCAACACCUCCCUCGUCGACCUCCCCGUCACAGCACCCUUACCCUCCCCAACCCACCUCAAGUCCAUCACCACCACGAUCCCUGCCAUAAACGAUACCAUCAACCACAACAACGACGAUGGUGAUGGUAACGGUCACGACGGUAACGACGACGACACCUCGUCGUAUUACCCCGCCUCAGAAGGUGGAGGAGGAGGCCAUGCACGACCCGGCUCCUCAAAAGCAGAAUAUCACUUCCACUACAACGACGACAAUGACAACAACAGUACCCACUCGUUCAACCUGGACGAUUACCUCUCUUUCCUGUCCGAUCACGCCGAUGGGGACGACGGCGAUAGCAUUCGCCGCCGCUCGGCCGCAGAAAGCGAGAAAUCACUACUCUUCAACGAUGCCGGCUAUGGCGCGGGUGGGCUGCAGCUGCCUGGGCUGCCUGAGCCGAUACCUGCUGUUGCUGCGUCUCCUCCUGUUCCUGCCCCUGCUGUGGGGGGUUUGAAAAGCAUCGGAGGUGGAGAUGAUAAGGGGAUCAAAGUCGGGUGGAGGUCGAGGUUGGGGCCGGGCAUGUUUAUGUUUGAUCAGCGGUUUUAUUUCCCCGAGGAAGACGAGGAGGAGGAAGAGGAGCUGGGACAAGGGCCAGGAGAAAGGGAGAGGGGUUAUAUGAGAGAAAGACUGGACGAAGUGGGGAACAAGGGAUUGGAGAACGGAAUUGGGAGGGAAGCGAAUAUGGAAUGGGAAAGAAGGCAACGGAGGUAUGUGCUUGAUACAGGGGCGCAUGACGAGGAGGACUUCCCUGAGGAGCUGGGAAAGGGGGAAGUCACCCCUAUUUGCACAGAUAUCCCCGGGAAGAGGUCGGCGACCUUGACGGCGCUGUGCCUGUCCGGGGGAGGGGAGACUCACACUGAGCAGAUAGAGCCAGUACAGGGGCAAGAACAGCGGCGAGUUGAAGAAGUCACGGGAGAGGGGCGGUACCAGCGAGAAGGCGACAAGACUGUCGACAUAGCAGCGGCUGUGCGGCUGAGAAAGCAAGUGAGGCGAGCGAAGCGGAUGGUGGCGGCCGCAGCCGCACAGACGGUGUCUGUCUCGAAACUGCGCCCCGCAGGACCAACACCGGUCCCGGUCGUGCAUGUUGAGCCUGGGACGUAUGAGGAGGGUGGUACACUCUCCACGACAACCACGGCGAUCUCUAAUGAUGGAUGA